CCUUCUGUUGACCUUUUCCUCACACGGCUAUCGUCUGACAUGCUAACGUGACGAUGUGGGAAGUGAAGAUUUGACGUACUGAUAAGUCAUGGCCAGUAAUGACAAUAAUAGCUCGGUAGAAGAGAGGACAGCAGAAGAGGCAGUGACGGUGCCCCCCAGCAAUCCAGUGGACAUGGAAGCGGCAUCUCAGGCAGAUACCCGAAAGCCUCCAAACACCCUACAAAGCAAUGGCAGGCAGAGUUCUCCCACAGUACCACCAACAACUGAUGUGAACAGAAACAGAGUUGAAGCAAGUAAAGCUGACAGAUCACUCAGUCAGACAGGGUCUGCUGUCAUUGGGAACCUGUGCUCCGCUGAAGGGGUUGAUGUCAUGGAUAAAGAUGAGGACAUUGUGAUGAUACCUCAGGGGCAGAUGGAGGAAGAGCAAGACAACCAUGCUGUGAACAAGCUGGGUUCAAGUGAACAAACAGAAGAGGAUCUGGUCAUCUUAGAGUCAGGUGAAGAGGGAGAGGAAAAACUCAGUCAUAUGCAAGAAGCUGAAGAUGACAUAAUCUCAGACCAGCUGAAGAGGGAUGAGGAACUUGCCAGACAGUUGCAAGCAGAAGAUGAGAAUGACCUGGAAGCAGCCAGGAGAGCACAAGAAGAGGAGGAUGCCCUGCUGGCUGCUAAACUCUGGGAACGGACCAACUCUGGCACGGAGGAGGAGGGGGAAGAUGUCAUUGGUCUAUCAGUAUCAGAUCAUGACAACGUUGUCCCUGUAACAGACAGUGAUGAUGAUUCUGUGAUAGUUACACAAGACAUGCAGAUGAAACGUGAUGAGGAGAUGGCCAGGCAGCUACAAAAACAGCUGGAGAGAUCUGACCAGGACUCAGACAGUGAUCAUGAUGUGCAACUGGUACAAGAGUUUGAAGAUUCCCAGCUGGCCAGAGAUCUCAGCCACCAGGAGGCAUCAAGUUUUUCCACUGUCACCAGUGAUGGUCGGCGCAUGACUGCAUUGGAAAGGAUGAAGGUGCAAGUGGAGCUCAACAAGAGGGAGAAGGAGAAACAGAAAGCCAACUUUAAGAAAAGGUGCAGCAAUCAGGUAGCGCAUGGACGUCAGCAGGUGCAGCAGCUGCAGAACACACCUGAAAGACGUGCUGCACUACAGCAGGCGCAGAGUGGUCUCAACCAAUGGAUGAAGUACAAAGCACCAUGGGAGAAAGGACACAGGAAGAGGAACCUGAUGCCCAGACAGACUAUGGAUGGCCCAAUCCCCUGUCCUGUCAUCAACUGUGCUGCCAAGUUUGCCACACCAUACAUGCUGACUGCCCACAUGGAGACCUUCUGCCACUCCCCAUGUAACCCCACGGUGACCUUACAGCUCAGUGAGAGUGGUGGGCUGGACAAGUAUGCCUGUGUUGUCUGUGGGAAGUGUUUUCUGGGACGUACUGCACACGACCAUCAUGUAGACAUGGCAACAAGGAACCCUAAACUUAUGCACCACUGGAGGCUGCCAGGCGUUCCUGUGCUGUGCUUUGCCUGUCCAGCCUGUGGGCUGUGCUUUGGCAGGUCAGAGGAAUGUCUGGCACAUAUCAUGGAGAGGAGACAUCAGCACUAUCCACAUAUCCAACCCAUUCCCCUCACAAGAAACAUCUACUUGCAACUGACUUCAAAGUGUGAGCAGGUAAAGUUUACUGUAAAGUGUAACAUGUGCCGAGCUUCAUUCACCAGACACUCACAGAUCCAACGCCACUAUGUAACCAACGGAUGCAAUGGCAGUCCAGUAGCUACUGCUGAAAAGUCCAUCCUUGCAGUGUUGAAGGAGAUGGCACCGAUGUCUUACUGUGCUGAGUGUAACAUCCCGUUCACUUCCCUACAAGCUGCUUCAACACAUUCACAGAACACCCACAGUGGGACCGGACGUAUCAUGAAGCUACUACAGGACAACCUGGCCCUGCUGUUUCUUACCCAGGGAUGGCAGGCAGAGACAACUGGGAUGAACCGAAAGCAGACAACGUGGCCCUGGCGAAGACUGGCUCAGCCUCUUAAGGCUGUUGGCAGUAAGAUAACUGCAGCAGCAUCUUCAUCAGCCGUGUCUUCCCCUUCAGCAGCCAGUGCACGUCCUAACAUUCCCGAUAACAUGCAAGGCAAUCAGGUGGUGAGGUUCCCUUUUCCCCAGGCUUCUACAUCUGGUGUGCCCAAAGCACCCAACUCGUACCCUAGGCCUGGGAGUCAAGCUGUACCCAUGGGCCAGCUUCCAUUCAACCAAACUGUCAGAUUCCCACUACUCCCCAGGUCACCGGCUUCCACUGGACCUCAGCUGAACAGGAGAUUUCUGGACAUGCAUAGAUCUGGUGUUAAUCCUGCUGUUAGGAACCAGCUGACAGGAAAUGGUACCACAGGAACCAAGAGGUGCAGAAGUGAAUCAGGGGGAGACAGGUCAGCACUAGUGCCACCUGCACAGACAUUUCCCAGUAUGACAAACAAGAAGAAGAAGAAAGCAAAGCACCAACAGAUGAACUCACAGACUUUUGUCAUGUCACCAGAAAAUAUCAAUGCUCCGGGCCCUGUUGCAAAGAAAACAAAGCAUGAUAAUCUGUCAUGUUUUGCACAGACCACCUCAGGUCCCAGUGGUGUUGUGACUACAGGCCUGGGGACCACAGCUCCUCCUGCCUCCAGCAGCAGCAGUGUUCCUGACCCUCCAGAAGAUGUCCGUCAUGUCAUCUUUGUUGACUUUGACAACUGGGCAGGAUUCUUCAGCAGGUUACCUCAGCCCCUGACUGACAAGACGUUUGUGUAUGGGUUCAAAGGAGGUAACAGUGUGUGGUGUCCCCCUCGUAACAACAGGGCGUAUGACACUAUCAUGAGCAGGAAGUGUUUCUACCUCCACCCACAGUGCUCCAACAGAAAAGAUGCAGCUGAUUUUGCCAUUUGUGUGCAUGCUGGUCGGUUGGAUGAACGUAUCCCCAAGUGUGUGCCAUUCACUGUACUGUCGGGGGACGGAGGCUUCCAUGAACUGGCCAAUCAGCUGCAGCGUUCCAACCGGCGCACGCACAUUGUCAGUCCACAUCAUCAGGAUGCUGACAUAAUUCUGGCCACUCUGAACAGCAUUGGGGAGACUUGAAACAGUUGGAGACAAAAUAGUAUUACAUAUUCUUGCUUGUUUAGUUACCAUUUUGAGAACUUUAUGAGAUACAGAUAUGGCCACAGCAACUAAACAUUUUUGUUCAUAUUCUAGAGGAGAUUGUUAUUCAUCAUACUCCUUGAUCUAACUAACUAGCCUUGUUCAUAUGCUACCCUUGUGGAGUUUGACUACCUACAUGUAGUUAUUUGCAUGAUAUGUACACAUUCCUCAAAAUCAAGUAUAUAAGGUCACCUGACAGCUUUGAAUAGGUGACUUUGCUAACACUGGGAUGUUAUGUUCUUUAGAAUAGUUGUUGAUAUUUAGAAGCAGUUUUUCAGUGUUUCAUAUAUGUUAAAAUACGUUGGAUUAUGUUAUAUCUAUUACUUUUUCCUUGAACCAUUGCCAAUAUUAAUGUGACAAAGAUAUUUAUACUGUUCAAAUCAUUCCAUCUGACAGGGGACUCUUCAAGCAUUCCAUCCAGACUGUUUAUAUUGGUGUAUACCUUUAAAAGAAUUGUACUGGAACCAUGCAGUUAUCAUAAGCUGCUUCAGAAAACUGAUACGGCAUGACCUGGCAGUUAAGUACUGGUAACCAUUACUACAUCAGAAAUGUUCAUGAUUUUUCAAAA